AACGCUUAGUAGUUUUGCGCCGCUAUUUUUCUUACGGAUCCAAAAUAUUACUGUUUAUCUUUUGCUGAAUCUUCUUCUUUCAAACAUAAAAUCGUAACCCUCGUUACUAACGUUGCCGUGCACGCUAUGGUGCUGAACGAGAGACCCACCAAGCGGAUUAAAAGAGGAGCAACCGCUGAUCUUCAUGACUUUUUUUCUUUUCCGGUUGCCGGAGAUUCCACCGGCGAACCUUUCCGGUUCAGCGUUCUCCGCUUCCUCUCUAGCCACGCGCGCGUCACCUUCCCUCCCUCGCUCUUUCCCUCCCUGAUGACGUGGCAGAUCUCGUUCCGUGUCGGAUCUCUUGAUGGAGAACCGGAUUUGUCACCGGUGACGAUCGCCGUCGACAUCGUCGAGGAAGAAGUGACUCGGUCUCGAAGCCCGGUCUACUGCGACCAGUGCCGAGUCGUUGGAUGGAGUGGGCAUCCAGUGUGUCGCAAGCGGUACCAUUUCAUAAUAAGGGCUGAUUCAAGCAAUGCUUCUGAACCUUAUCAACGAUCAUGUUCAAAAUGUGCUAAUCUUAUUCAAUUUUCUGAACCAAGGUGUAAUUGGUGUGACUCUGCAAUUACCGUUGAUGAUAUAGAGGAUUGGGUGUAUGAUAAUACCCAUCUUUUACAUGGGGUUGUUCACUCCAAUGGUUAUGGUCAUCUACUUACACUAAAUGGAAGAGAAGGUGGUUCAAAGUUUCUAUCUGGAUCUGAUAUCAUGGGAUUCUGGGAUAGGCUUUGUGGCGCUCUCUCUGUUAGGAAGGUUAGUGUGAUGGAUUUGUCCAAGAAGUUUGGGUUGGAAUAUCGUUUGCUUCAUGCAAUCACUGAAGGGUACUCUUGGUAUGGCAAUUGGGGUUACGAGUUUGGUGCUGGCAGCUAUGCUCUUACACAAGAUGUUUACAGAAAAGCAGUGAAUGCCCUGUCAACUAUGCCCUUGUCCUCUUUCUUGUUCCUCGGUCGGGGGCCUCGAACCCGCCUUCAGUGUGUCAUUUCUCUUUACCAGUCUUUGGCAGAUACUGGACUUGUGACAAUUAAAGAUCUUUUCUCUUUUAUGCUGGCAUUGAUUCACAAAUGCCGUAAUCCCCUGACCAAAACAUCUGAACAGCAUGAAGACACUAGCACUGCUAAUGUGUUGUGUCCAUGGGCGAGUAAUGACGUUGAAGAUGUGCAACAAACUUUCAUCAAGGUGUUACUUGCAUCUGGUGCCUAUAGUGAGGACAAAUGGGUGAGUUGGCGUUUUCUCAAGGGUUCAGUGUGCAAGGGGGCUGCAUCUGAGCUUUUAGAUUAUAGUCUCAAGCACUUUCGAGGGAAAUCGGCUUCCAAUGGCAUGGUAGUUCAAUCGCGAUGUAAUCCCGUUUCUAAUGCUGUUGAGUUCAGGCUUGAUCAAUUGAGUAGUGUGCAAAGUGGAUUUGGUGCAAUUUCUAGCUAUCCAUCAGAAGAACAAGUGAUAUCUGAUCUGAGAUUUUUAUUUUAUUCAAUUAUUCACCCUGACAAAAUGGCAAGCAAUGGACGUUGGAUUGUAAAGAAAUCGGUGGUUGAUUCAGCAAGAAAGCUCCUAGACUGUAAGCAGUUUAUGAAGGAUUACAAGCCUGAAAAAGUAGCAGCCGAGCUACCUCCAGCCAUUAGGUUGUGGUGUAGUGUGGAGCUUUCUGAUCAGCCUAAAGAUGAUCCAUCCCCACCUCCAGAGCUAAUUAUCUUGCCUCUGAAUGCUACUCUUUCGGACCUCAUGAGUGAAGUCACUAGUGUUUUUCAAGAAGUAUAUGUGAUGUACAAGAGGUUUCAGGCUGAGAAACUCCUAGAAUUUGGAUCAGUCAGUGAUUCCUACACCUUAAAAUUCUUGCUUGGAACAAGUGGAUUUGUCCAAAUUCAAGGUAAAUGCCCAGCCAAACACAGGCUAAACCGUUUCCGAAUGGAAAGAGGAACCGAGGCAUGGAAAGUUGAUUGCCCUUGUGGGGCCAAUGAUGAUGAUGGGGAAAGAAUGUUGGCAUGUGAUACCUGUGGUGUUUGGCAACAUACCAGAUGUGCUGGAAUUGAUAACUCUGAUUCUAUUCCCUCGAAGUUUGUGUGCUUGAGAUGCCUCAACCUGUAUAGGAAGAAAGCCAGAAAACUGCCAGACCUUGAUGGUAACAAGGCUUGUAAAUCCAACACAACUUGCAGAGGUGUAGCGGUUGCAACUGAUAAUGCAGCAAUUGCUUGCCAAAUGACUGUAAAUUUUGAUGUACGAUGAUUGUAUAGAUUUUGUAUAUAGAUUUUGUUGUCUCUGGUUGGGUUUUAUAUUUAUGCCGAGAGGGCCAGGUGGUUGUGUCAAAGGGUUUGCCAGCCUCUGAUUUUUGAGAGCUUUAGGCUCCUUCAACUGUCUGUUUUAUAUUAAUGAGCUUAAUGAAAUGGCCUCGUUAUAUAAGCUUUUUAAC